UGCGAGGACUACAACUCCCAGCGGCCCCCGUGCCUCGCGCCUGCGCCCUGACUACUUGGAAGGUGCUAUGGCGGCUGCCGCGGCCGCGGCUGCAGCGGCUGAAGCCACUCAUUUGCAGGUUUGCGGCUGCAAGGGCAUCCGGACCUGUCUUAUUUGCGAGAGACAGCGCCACGGGUCCCCGCCCUGGCAGCUCUCCCCUCAGAAAAAAUACUGUUUCCGUUACUGCCCGGACACAGGCUGGGCUAUGGGGCCCAAGGACUCUGACUUGGAAGGUUGGGCCUUCCCCUUCCCGGGGGUGACAUUGAUAACGGACUUUGUGACCCCGGAGGAAGAGGCUGAGAUGGUGCGUCUGAUGGACAGUGACCCUUGGAAGCUCUCUCAAUCCGGACGAAGGAAACAGGACUAUGGCCCAAAAGUCAAUUUUCGGAAGCAGAAGCUGAAGAUUGCGGGCUUCCAGGGUCUCCCCAGCUUCAGCCAGAUGGUGGUCCAGAGAAUGGGCCUCUACCCGGGGCUGGAGGACUUCCGGCCUGUGGAACAGUGUAACCUGGACUACAGCCCAGAGCGGGGCUCGGCCAUCGACCCCCACCUGGAUGACGCCUGGCUGUGGGGCGAGCGGCUGGUGAGCCUCAACCUCCUGUCGGCCACUGUGGUGUCCAUGUCCCGGGACGCCCCCGGCAGCCUCCUGCUCAGCUCGGCCCCCUCCAUCGGACCGGAUGCUUUGGAAGGCAGGUCUGUCCCCAGCCAGGAGGUGGAAGUGGCCAUCUCGGUACCCUGCCGCUCCCUGCUGGUGCUCACAGGAGCCGCUCGGCACCAGUGGACACACGCCAUCCACCGCAGACACAUCCAGGCCCGGCGUGUCUGCGCCACCUUCAGAGAGCUGUCCAGCGAGUUCCUGCCUGGAGGGAAGCGGCAGGACCUGGGACAGGAGCUGCUGCAGGCCGCGCUCUCCUUCCAGGGGAGGCCCGUGUGAGCACCAUUCCUGGGCACAAGAGCUGGCCUGGCCGGCUGCAAACAUGGCUCCAGCACGACCAUGGGGAGCGAGCCCUGAGGUCUCUCCACAGCUCAAUAGAUUCAUUGGUUUGCUGUCCUGGAUCUCGCUCUGCAGACCAGGCUGGCCUCGAACUCACAGAGAUCCGCCUGCCUCUGCCUCCCGGGUGCUGGGAUUAAAGGCGUGCGCCACCACUGCCGGGCCUAGACUGGCCUUGAGCUCCCUAUAUUGCCGAGGAUGACUUUGAACUCCUGAUCCUCCUGCCUCUACCUCCUGAAUGCUGGGAUUUGGCUCAGGUUUCUUUUUUAGGUACUGGGAUGGAACCCAGGGCUUCCUGCUUGCUAAGCAAGUCUUCUGCCAACUACCGACUCUGUUGGGGUCUUUGAGACAAGGUCUCAUGUGGACCGGAUGGGCCUGGAACUCAGGAUGCAGCCUGGCUUUGAACUCGCCAUCCUGCUUCCUCGGCCUCCCAAGUGCUGGGAUGACAGCCCAGUGGCCAGGUGUUCUGAGGAGCCGUGUGACCCCUGAUGCCCUGAGCAUCACAUAGCCUGCCCGGAGCUGGUUCUGAUGGGCCUGGAUCUUGGCUGCUCGUUGGGUUAUUUAAUUUGUCAUAGUUUGGAGGGAUUCAAUCUUUUUAAAACUGUAGUUUUGGGAGAAGCAAGAUGUCUGAGUGGGUAAAAGGCACUUGCCACCAAACCUGACCGCCUGCCUCAGUCUUUGGAAUCUACGUGGUGGAGGGAGGGCCAAUUCCUGCAAGUUGUCCUUUGGCCUCCACAUACACAUUACCUCUCCGAUAAAAUUUAUAAUAAAGGAGAAAAAGGAAAACCCUGUU